AAUAAAACUGAAAAAACUACCAACUACUCACUCACUCACAUUGUUCCGGCACCGUCAACACCUUAAAGAAGUUGAUUAAUGAUUAAUAGGUUAACGUGUAAUGCAGGGUGAAGCUUUGGAUUGAAGAUCUUAUACGGCACACAUUAUCUAAAAAUCCUUCCUUUCUGCAAAUUCUCAACUUUACCUUAUUCCGUAAUACAUUCUUUUUCUCUUUCUCACUUCUUCAUCUUUCAUAUAUAAUCAUCAUCUUCAAUUCUUCUCAUUAUUUCUUAGCCACCCCAUAAUUUCUUGGUGCUUCAUGCUCUUGUUGUUUUUGUUGUGUUCAUCUUGAGGAAGCAAUACUACUGAAUUUACUACUCUACCCUUCUAUGCUGUGAUCAAGAAUAUAUAUAACAAGUUUCAAAGUUUUCUUUUUGGUUAUAUAUAUCUGCAAAUUCUGAGAUUCAUCAUGCCUUGUGAAACAAUGGAUUUCAAUAAUUUUUCUUCUUCGUCGAUGUUUUCCUCGGACGAUAUUUGUUCGUCUACUGAGAGGGAAACUGGAUGGUGGAAAUUCGGUAAAACUUCCAAAGACAAUGAUUCUGAUCAAGGAACAAAACCUAUUCAAGCAGUAUCCAAUUUUUCAGAUGGUAAUGAAGUUAAUAUAAUCGCGCCUCCACGUGAAAGUAGCCUCUUCUCAAGUUCUUUGUCAGAUUUGUUUAGCAGAAAAUUGCGAUUAUCUGCAAAUGCAUCACAUUACGAGGAAGAGAAGCUUGUUGACUCUCUUGAAGAACUUGAGGCUCAAAUUAUCGGAAACCUACUUCCGAACGAGGAUGAUUUGCUAUCUGGAGUGACUGACUGGAAUGACCACAUUGUUCGUGAUAGCACCGGUGAUGACAUAGAUGAACUAGACUUUUUCAGUAGUGUUGGAGGUUUGGAACUUGAAGAUGUAGAUAAUUCAUUCUCUGGAGAAAAGAAUUCCAAAAUCAUCGGUCGAGCUCAGCACAAUCAACUAGGCCUGUGUAAUACCUCAAUCGCCGGAGAAAACCCUGUCGGUGAACAUUCUUCUAGAACAUUACUUGUGAAAAAUAUUGAUAGUGAUGUUAAAGAUUCUGUGGUUAAAGCACUUUUUGAGCAAUUUGGAGAUAUUCACACUUUUUAUAGAGCUUGCAAACAUCAAGGACUUGCUAUGAUAUCAUAUUAUGAUAUCAGAGCUUCUCAAAAUGCAAUGAGAGCGCUCCAUAAUAGACUCUUCGGUCGCAGAAAAUUUGAAAUUCAUUUUUCGAUUCCAAAGAUUCAUCCCGAAUUCAAACAAGAAUGCAACCUCUGUCUUCAUCAGAAAAGUCCUCUAACAACUAGCUUCCAAGGCUUGCACGGUAUCUCUUCAAGUGUUCCGAGCACGUUACCGUCUGUAAUCAAAGUUAAAUCAGUUGGAAACCAAUGUGAAUUUACUGAAUCUAGUUCACCAGUGCAGUUGAAUUUUGAUACUCAAGCUGCAUUAGCUUUUCAUCCUCAUUCCCUACCGGAACGUCGUCAUGGUUUUACUAACGAUGUUCACCACAAUCCUCUUGAGGUGACUGGAAACAUUAAUCUCAAAACACAAGAAAGAAUCGAUAACAUGCAGUUUUGUCAAGUAAAGUCCAAUGGACCCUUUAUGGAUUUUGAUGAAUGUGUUUCAAAAUCCUCCGGUAAUAUAAGCUCGAGCUUCCCUCUUUCUGGUCAUCAUGACAAAUGGAGCAACUCCUAUCCGCCUCCUCGAACAAUGUGGCCAAACUCACCAUUCGGUGGAACUUGUGCAGUACCUACUCUGCAAAGUAUGAACCAACUUCCUAUGUCACCAUCACAUAUGAUAACCACUGUUUUACCAACAAAUAACCAUCAUGUGCAAUCACCUCCUCUUUGGGACAGAAGAUAUACCUAUGCAGUGGAAUCUGUAACACCGCACUGUGUUGAGUUUGUUCCUCAUAACAUGUUCCCUCAUUUUGGACUCAAUUUCCAUAACCAAAGGGGCAUGAUGUUUCCUGGUAGAAACCAUAUGGUUAACAACUCAUUUGAUGCUCACAAACGCGUAAGAAGCCGUAGAAAUGUAGGCACAUCGAACUUGGCUGACUUGAAACGAUAUGAACUUGACAUUGACUGCAUAAUGAGGGGCGAAGAUAACCGAACAACACUUAUGAUAAAGAACAUUCCUAACAAGUAUACUUCCGUGAUGCUGUUGGCUACAAUCAACGAACGCCAUAAAGGAACUUAUGAUUUUGUGUAUCUACCAAUUGAUUUCAAAAACAAAUGCAAUGUUGGAUAUGCAUUCAUCAACAUGACUAGUCCUAGCUCGAUUGUACCGUUCUAUCAGGUGUUCAAUGGAAAAAAAUGGGAGUUUUUCAACAGUGAGAAAGUGGCAUCACUCGCAUAUGCUCGCAUACAAGGGAAAACUGCUCUUAUUGCUCACUUUCAAAACUCAAGCUUGAUGAAUGUGGAUGAGCGAUGCAGGCCUAUCCUCAUUGACACCGAUGGACCUAAUGCUGGUGAUCAGGUCCCUUUUCCAAUUGCCAUGAAACCUGGAAGAGUGAGAAACAACAUUCAUGAGGAAGACAAUGUUUCAAAGGAAUCAGACUAAGCAAGUCACAUUUGUUUCUUUUUCCAUCUCAUUAAUUUUAGUGAAAUCACUAACUAUACACCAAUACUUCACAACAGCCAAGAAUUUUCCAGUUCAUUUUGUUUUCAUUAUUAAAUAAUAAACAUGUUGAGUCGGUGUCGUGUCUGAUACUGUCUGUGUCAGUGCUUCAUAGCCAUCAAUAGGAUCUAUCUUUAAUGUGCAAGCUAAAAGGUUACAUGUACAUGAGUUUCUGAAGUAUGAAUAUUGUUUAGACUUGUAUAUAUAGUGAUUUGAGGGGAAUUUUUCUUCUUGUAAAGUUCACCUUUCAUUUUUAAUGAAUUUUUUGAUGAAUUAGUUAUGUA